GAACGUAAAAUACAGAAGAAAAGAUUGGAGCAGGAGCAGGUGGAGGUGGUGGGGGGUGGCAGUGUUACCUCUGAUGGUGAAAAGGAAAGAAACAGAUGCACAGAGAUUUUGAGGGUUGCAAGCAGAAGCAGGGUUGAGUCUAAUGAAAUCAGAUACAUAGACAAGGUGAAAGAAAGGGAAGGAAGUGAGUGUAGUGCGUUCUUUAGGAGAGAGUGAUCGUUUGUGGGGGCUUGUAUUUUGGGGUGAGAGAAAGGAGCUAUGCACAAAACCAAGCCAACAUCAAUUCCCACUUAUUGUUUCUCUGUACUUCACCAAAUCACAAGAGGUGCCUCCUUAUUUCUGCGUUCUUCAAUUGGUAGCUUUUGCUUGGAUUCUUGGCAGCCUAUAACGGAGUAAUUGGUUUAAGGGUAAGGUCAUCUCUGAACAUCUGGGAAUUCUACUUAAUCAACAGUCCAGUAGUCAUCUUUAUCUGAAGGUUUAGGCUUGAAAAUGGGGGUUCUGCAACAGAAUUUUCAUGGUGCCAAGAAAUUGACCUUUCAAUUUCAAGACCAGGAUUCUUCUUCAACUCAGUCAACUGAUCAAUCUUACCCUGAAGUAGCUAGCAUGGGAGAAGGACUUGCUGAAACUCUUGGGAAGGCUGAGGGAGGUGACACUAAGUUAGCGACAUCAAUGGGAACUCAGGAUUUUAUCUUCCCAUCUCAAGUUGACUAUAGCCAAUCCAUUGGUCGCAUUCCUUUCCAUUUUGCAGAACCAUAUUUUGGUGGCCUACUAGCUGCUUAUGGGCCACAAGCAAUCGUAAGCUCUGUAUUUUCGAUUCAUCAUCCUCAGAUGUAUGGAAUGGCUUCUUCUCGGGUACCGCUCCCUCUUGAAUUUACAGAAGAUGAACCCAUUUUUGUCAAUGCAAAACAGUACAAUGCAAUUCUUAGGAGGAGAAGGUAUCGUGCCAAGCUCGAGGCUCAAAAUAAACUCAUAAAAAGUCGUAAGCCAUAUCUUCAUGAAUCUCGGCACCUUCAUGCACUGAGGAGGGCUAGGGGUUCUGGUGGACGCUUUCUCAAUGCGAAACAGCUCCAGGAGUCCAAUCCUAAACUCUCAAGCCAUGGACUGGAUGCCACAGGCUCUGCUGAACUUCAUUUGGCCGGAAAUAUGUCAGAAUCUGAAAUUCAUCAGCCAGAAAAUCACAGAGAUGGUGCUUCUACCACUUCUUGCUCAGAUAUCACAAGUGCCUCCAACAGUGAUGACAUCUUCCAGCAGCCAGAGUUCAAGUUCUCUGGGUACCCUUCCCAUGUGGUUGGGACCAUGCAAGGGCGCUCAGUUGGCAUGCAUGGCGGUGGAAGUCAGCACCAUCUUCCUGUUCUGUGAGAGAAGAGGCUACGACCAACCUCAGCAGUAUGUGUUUGUCACAGCUGCUAAUGUUCCCUGGGGAAGUCAUCCUUGGCUCAGUUAAUCUGCAUUUUGUUUGUCUCAUUGCAUGCAAGCUUAUUCUCAAAAACUGAUGAUGUGAUGUGAUGUGUGUGUUCAUUUUGUGGUUGCAGAUACAUGUGAAUUGAAAACUUAUGGCAACUGAUGUCAAAUUUAAGAUCAUGUUUCAUUUUGCUCAAA